AUGACUACCACCGAUGACCCACUUGAGAAACGAGUCGAUAGCGUUGGCAGGUUAAUGCCACACACCGAAGCAAAAGUGGUCUCCGCCACCGACCGCACCGAAAUCCUCCCUAUAGGCCAACGCGGCGAACUGGCAGUAUCGGGAUACCUCUUACAAAAGGGCUACUGGAAUGACCCAAUCCGCACAGCAGAAGUCAUGGCUAAAGACGGGAACGGGAAGUUUUGGAUGCAUACCGGAGACGAAGCAGAAAUGGACGAGAACGGGUAUAUCAAGAUCACCGGAAGAUUAAAAGAUUUGAUUAUUCGGGGGGGGGAGAACAUUGCAGGUCCCCGAGAAUCUCAGACUAGUCACCCUCUCGAGAUCGAAAAUUGCCUGCUCAGCCAUCCAAAGGUUCUCGAGUCUUCGGUUGUAGGGCUUAAAGAUGAGAGAUACGGAGAGGCUGUCGCAGCAUUUGUGAGGAAGGAGGAGGGUUUGACAACGGAUGAGAUUAGGGAGUGGGUUCGCGGGAAGCUAUCACAUCAUUUGGUCCCGAAGUACGUAUUCUGGAUAGACGCCUAUCCCAAAACUGCCAGUGGGAAGAUACAAAAGUUUGUGUUGCAAGAGAUGGGGACAGAACUGGUUGCUAAGGGAAAGGGGCUGUGAUAUGAUAUGAUGGGCGGUGGGUGAUUUAAUUGUAGAUAAUUGUGAAUACCUGAUUCGACUUGGUG